UAGUUAUUAAUUAAGGGUUGUUGUAAAAAUUCGAGUUAUUUUGUCAACAUGCAUCAUGUCACUUGGUAUCAAUCAUACAAUAGUACUCAUCGAUAUGUGAAAUGGAAUCAAUUUUGAAACAUAUCGGCUUAGAACGAGUAGUACCAGCAUUCGAAAAGGAAAAUAUAACCCCUGAUAUAGUUUGCAAGAUGUCGUUAUAUGAUAUGCGUUGUGUAGGACUAAGUGAUACAUCAGAAAUUAUGAAAUUGAGAACAGCUUGUAUGUUGUAUGGAUCGUCAACACCGUGUACUGUACCAGGAAUUGGUGGUGGGGCACCUUGUUAUGAUAUACCUAAAGAAAGUUUAGAAGGUCUCAUAUGCAUUGGUUUCAAAAUAUCUGAAAUUGCUCAUUUAUUGGGUGUUUCCGAAAGUACUGUUUAUCGAAGAAUGCGUGUAUUUGGAUUAAAGAAAUUGACGUUUUCGGACAUUGGUGAUGAGGAACUAACUUCUCUUAUUCAGCAGACCAUUCAAGAUUUCCCAAAGUGUGGCGAACGAAUGUUGGCGGAAAUUCUCCGACAGAAUGGUGUGCAUAUACAACGAUAUCGGCUUAGAGACAUUCUACAUGAGCACGAUGAACCUGGAAUUAAAGAAAGACAGCUAGGUCGGCUGCAUCGGCGGACUUACCACGUUCAAGGACCAAAUCACAUGUGGCACGUUGACACUAAUCACAAACUGAUUAGGUGGGGUUUUGUCAUCUCGGGUGCGAUUGAUGGAUUCAGUCGGCUGGUGACAGCUUUACGAUGUUUAGACAACAAUAGAUCCGAUUCGUUGCUUCAAGUUUUCCGCGAAGCUACUGAAACGUUCGGCACCCCUCGUUGUGUACGAACUGACCAGGGUAUGGAAAAUAUUCGAAUAGCAGAAUUCAUGUUUGAAAACCGAGGUGCCCAUGGGAUUUUGACCGGGAAAAGCACACACAAUCAACGAAUAGAGAGACUUUGGCGAGACGUUUAUGACGGAGUUCUUGUUCACUACUAUCUCUUAUUUUCGUUUAUGGAGGAUGAAGAUAUUCUGGAUGCUUUAAACCCCAUUCAUUUGUUUGCACUGCAUUAUGUUUACAAGGACAAAAUCAAUGAAAAGUUGGAUAUCUGGAGAGAGGCUUGGGCCUCUCACAGGCUUAGGACAGUUCGUUCCUCUCCCAACUGCUUGUGGGCCUCUGGCAUUUUGAAGGACGGUUUCGAUGCCAUGGAUCAGUUGCAUUUACACGAAAAUGAAUUUAAUCAACCAUUAAAUGAAACCCCUAUCUUUCAACUUGAUAUUCCUGACAUCAGAGACCAGUUUAUGCAUAGACUGACCCGGGAAUGUCCUAGAAAUUGGGUUUGUCCUAACUUUGGUAUCAAUGUAUACCAGAAGGUUUUGAGAAUUGUCACAUAAUAUAAUUAUGUUGCAUGAGAAGGCUCUGAAAAGGAAACCGAGGAAAUAAAAUUGCGUACAAGCUAAAAGCCUUGACCACAACUUGCUGUUAGUUUUGUGUGAAAAUUGUCGGGAACAAGUCACGAUAUUUACAUUUGCAUAGCCUUUCCUGUGAGAAAAGAGCCUGACGUCGUUUAAAUUGCAAAGGAUGUCUCUCAUGGGACUUCUCACUAACUUUAUAAACACACCGAAUGUCGUUUAUAUACUGAUGAA